AUGUAUCUGAAACUUCCAUCAACAUCAGAGGAAUGGAAGCAAGUGGCAAGCGACUUUUAUAACAGCUGGAAUUUUCCAAUGUGUAUUAGAGCUAUGGAUGGAAAACGCUUUUUUAUGAGGAAACCAGAAAAUACAGGAUCAGAGUAUUAUGAUUACAAGAGUCGCCAUAGUAUGAUCAUGUUAGCUCUUGUUGAUGCACAUUAUAAAUUCAUGUAUGUUGAUGUAGGAGCUCAGGCACGCUCAAGUGAUGCAGGUGUUUGGGACCGUUGUAAAUUAAGAGAAUACCUAGAAAAAGAAAAGCUACAAGUUCCACCACCUGAUACUUUGCCAUUUUCAGAUCAGAAAGUUCCAUACGUAAUUGUUGGAGAUGAUGCAUUCCCCCUCAAAAAUUAUCUGAUGAAACCUUAUCCUGGCCAGAACUUAAGUGUCGAACAAAGGAUAUACAAUUACAGACUAUCAAGAGCUCGUCGUAUUUCUGAAAAUGCCUUUGGUAUCCUUGUUGCCAAAUUUAGAGUGUUUGAAAAACCUAUUCACUCAAGUCCGGCAAACACUUGGAAAAUCAUAUUUGCAACAGUUGUUCUCCAUAAUUUCUUGAGAAAUAAUUCAAGGCAGCUGGAAAAUGAAAAUAUUGGUAAUGGUUUAGAAAACCAUGGACUUCAAAGCCUGGAUAAUGUUGGAAGAAGACCUGCUAAGAAUGCCUUGGCAACAAGAGAUAUUUUUAAGGACUACUUCAAUGGUAGAGGUCGUGUGAGAUGGCAAGAAGAUGCAGCACUCUUGAAUUAA